CAGGAAACCCACACACUCCAACAUAUAUUUGGACUUCUGAUCAUCCCAUCCUAUGUCAGUAAAAAUAGGAUUGGUGAAAUGUUUAAAUGACAGAGCACAAAAAUUAAGUAGUACCAAAGAAAAUCUAAAACAGGAACUGAUACACAUAAAAGAAGCCUUAAAACUUAAUAAUUACCCGGAUAAAUUAGUCAGGAAAUAUGUAAGGAAAUGUAAAAAUAAAAUAAAUAAUGAUAGUAGCGAUAGUGAUAAUAACAAUAAUAAUGAUAAUGAUAACAGUGAUAAUAAUAAUAAUAUUAAUGACGACACCAACAAUAAAGAAUCUAAAUCAUCAGUAGUAAUUGCAUACAAGGAAGGAACCUCGGAAGCCUUACGCAGAAUUCUUAACAAGGCAAGAAUAAAAGUGGCUGGCAUUCAAACCCACAAACUCAAUUAGAAACAAGCUUUGUCGGUUAAAGGAUCACUCCUGUGGAGCCUUUAAAACAAAACAAUUUAGUUUAUCUAAUACCCUGCCUGCAAUGAUUGUCAGGUCAAAUACAUAGGUCAAACUAGAAGAACAGGGGCAGUCAGACUAGCUGAACAUAAAAACUUAGCAAAAUCUAGAUUGGUUGAUACAAAUAAGAUAAGAAAUCUAGAGAAUAGUUCAGCUAUAGCACUACAUGUAGUCACACACAACCAUACAAUAGGAUGGGAUA